AUCACCUGCUUUAUGUAUAUUUUUCACUGUUUAAUUUAAUAACAAAACUUUUUAGGGCGUUGUUUCUGAAAAUUCAGUAAUUAAUUAAUAAAAAUGUGGCAAACUAUUGUUCCCAUUUCAAUAGUCCUACUGUAUUUAUUUCACCAAAGUGCAGCCCUAGAGUGUUACGUUUGUGAAAAUCAGGAAACCAACGAAGGAAAAUGUAAAACCACAAUUCAGACAUGCAAUUAUGGGGAGGAUGUCUGUUUAACUGAAAUCAGUUGGGGCAGUACACCGUACUGGCAACAAGGAGCUCUCAAGCAAUACUAUAUUUCUAAAAGAUGUUCGACUAAAGAUAAGUGUGCUAAGUACCGUACAAAUAACAUGGAAACUUGUACUCAUAUUUGGUAUGAAGAUUGGAAGUGUUCAGAGUGCUGUAAAGGGGAUAGGUGCAAUUAUUAUGUGAUUUCUGGAGCUUACAGCAUAGAAAAACCAGCUAUUUUGACGAUAUUGCUAUGCUUGUAUCACAUAUUUUUGUCCACGUGAAGUAUUUUUAAGUCAAACUGAAUGUAAUAUUGUUAUUUUUGACUGAAAACAUUUUAAAAAUGUAUUUUUAUCCAUUGUAAUUCCGUCCAUUUUAGAUCUGAGAUAUAUUUAUAUAAAUUUAUUUUAAAUAGU